AUGGUAAUGGUGGUAUUGUUGUUAAUGAUGAUGUUAAUAAUGAAUCUUGCUUCACUUCAAACAGGCAAGACUGGGAGUUGCUGUCUACAAAUCAAAAACACCAGAGUCAAGCUAGAGCUGCUCAAGAGCUACUACAGGCAAAGCCAACAGUCCUGCCGUAUAGCAGCAGUUGUAUUCAUCACAGAAAAAGGCAAGCGAAUCUGCACUGACCCCAAUAGUUCGUUGACAAAGUCCCGUAUGGUCUACGUGGACACAAAGGAGAAGAGCCCCCACCAUGUCAACUGCAACGACGACAACACACACACCACCCUCCACACAAAAAGACACCGCUCACAAAACCAUGUCAAACCCCAAACUUAG